UUCGUUUUCGACGGUUUAUAAGCUAUAAGAUAAAAUUAAUAUAUAUCAAUAGUUUUUAACAUUUAUACGACAGAAGUACAGACAUCGGUGUCUUGUUUUGUUACCAUCAUGUUGCUCCUAUCUUGCCGAAAACGAAAGACAAAACAAAGAGUUGUCCAUAAAUAGAAGUCAUUUUAUUGACAACGUAAUGAGCAACAGUUGCUCUUCGUUUGCUCUGAAUCUACUGACACAAAAUGUCUCAAAUUUGCCUUAGUGUUGUUGUUUAUGUAUGACUAUGGAUUACGUUUUCAGCAAAUAUACAGCAAUUAGUCGAAAACUUCUGCUCAGCAUUAAAUUACAUGAUUUUACAAAACAUGCUUGGCUAUCAGGCAGUGUGUUAAUUGGUGGCCGAGAGCAACGAAGAUAGACGUCCGAGAGUCAAUUGAGAGAGAGUGAUAGUGAAAGGUGAUAGCAUGCAUGUAGCAUGCAUAGACUUGUGAGAGACUUGGCAGGCGCUGUUAUAAAUCGGUUUGAUAAUAAAAAGUUAAAAAGUGAUAUAAUUAAUGAUGGUGCAGUCUUGCUGUAUUUGCAAAUUGAAAUAUGGUGUUUGAAGUGAUGUUUCUUUCCAUCGAAGAAUUGAGAGAAAAGUGGAUCAGUAUAAUAGGACAUCGAGUUUCUAAAAGCAGUUCUGUUUGCAGUGACCAUUUCACAGACACUGACUUUAGAUAUAAGGUAAUACAAGAUGUGCCAAAAAGAUACUUACUACCUGAUGCUGUUCCCAGUUUACUUCAUCCGAUACAACAAACAAUAAUACUUACAAGUAGUAAAUCGUUACGUGAAAAGAAUACUGAACAAGAAGUUGAUAACAGUGAUACUAAUGAUAAAUAUCCUACAUCAGAGGUUGAUUCAAAACAAUCUGCUGUUUCCAGCCCAGCAGCAUUAAUUGAAACAAUAAAUAACAGUGAUACUAAUGAUAAAUAUCCUACAUCAGAGGUUGAUUCAAAACAAUCUGCUGUUUCCAGUCCAGCAGCAUUAAUUGAAACAAUAAUUAGCAGUGAUAUUAAUGAUAAAUAUCUUACAUCAGAGAUUGAUUCAAAACAAUCUGCUGUUUCCAGUCCAGCAGCAUUAAUUAAUGAAGAUUCACUAAUUAAUAAAGAUUAUGUAUAUAUCACAAUCGUCUUGUUGUAUUUAACAAUCAAUAGAUACGUAAUUCAUGGAAAUACUAUUUCUUAAGCUAUGUUUUUUUUUAUUUAAAACCAAUUAUAUGAGAAGUUAUUAUAGAGAGUUAUUUUAUAAAGUUGUAUAAACCCGGAAAAAAAUGGAUUAGAUCUAACUUAAAU